AUGGCUUUCGUAUCUGAGGGCAUCAAGAAACUGCGCACGGCCUACGCGAUUGACGUCGAGGAGGGCUCGAAGAAGUCCCAGCUGACCCUCUGGCGCGGCCUGAAAAAUAUGAAGAUUUCCGAGGAUUUCCUUGCAGACCGCCAGGGCGGCACCGAGCUUGCGCCCAUGUCCACUACGUCCAACCUCGAAGUGGCCGCGAAGUACGCCAGCAGCGGUGAGUCGGUGCUGCUGAAGAUCUCGCUGGACAACUUCAUGCAGUUCGGGGCAGACCUCGAGUGGCUCUCGGCCUUUCCAGGGGAGGCGGAAGUACUCUACCCGCCGCUAACGUACUUGCAGCCCACAGGCAGAGAGCCGCAGGUGGUUGAGCUGAAGAGCGGGCACAAGUUCACCGUGUACGAGGUCAAGCCCACCAUCCCUUGA